AUGUCGCAAUUAGAAGAUGUAUAUCCUACUGGAUGUUAUUUAAAGGCCGGAGACGAGGCCAUAGUUACCAUUCAAACUGAGGAGGCAUUGAAAUAUGGAUGGAGACUACAGAUAGGCUGUCAUACAGACCGACUUCAUACCGUAGAUAAUCAUAUAAGAUGGCCGUAUUUAACUGAAACCGUACCAGUUGACAGACGACGGUUUAAAAUUACUUCCCUUUAUGGUGGACUCAUCUAUUUUAUCUCACCUGGAAGACGAUGCGCAUUGGAGGCUGUACUGUCCAAUGUUGUCGAGGCGCCAUUUUUUGAUCUGACAAAUCGUGCUCGAGUCGAUGGCUGGAAAGAAAGACGCUAUGCUCCUGGAUUAUGGGCAGAUAUUUGUGGUCAAUUUAUCAUUAUUACGUUACCAUCUAAAAAUAUCCGCCAUAUUGAUGACCUUACAGAGGUCAUGAGAGCCUGGGACGAAGUAGUACGAGCCAAUCAUCAUCUGAGGGGAAGCAACAUUCAUCGAUACAGGAGACAAUGGAUAGUCACAGAUGUACAGCCGCUAGGUGGCGCCAUGCAUGCUGGUUAUCCAAUUGUAACUGGACUGGAUCUAACUAUUGCUACCAAUAAAAGUUUUCUGUUGAAUUAUAAUCAAAUUAUUGAUGGAGGGUUUUGGAACGUCUUCUCAGAAAUUGGCCAUAACAUGCAGAAGUCGGCUUGGACGUUUAAAGGUACGGAGAAUGUAACCAAUGAUAUUUUUACUCUUUAUGUGUACGACAUUGUCUGUAGAAUUGGACCGUGGAUGCCCGAGCGACUACUCAGCAGAAUUAAAUACGUAAAACGAUAUUUAGACCGAGAUGAAGGAUUUUUUGAAUGGCUGACUGAACCGUCUCUUGCCUUGUUUAUCUAUGCACAGCUGGCUAACCAUUUUGGAUGGGGAUUAUACAAGUCUAUAUUUAGAAAAUAUCGCCUGAUGAAUCAAUCUGCUAUUCCGCACCAUAACGUUACUAAAAUUGACUUUUGGUUCACCUCCUUAUCAGAAAUAGCUGGCUAUAACUUAGCACCAUUAUGUGAUUUCUGGAGGAUCCCACUUUCAACGGCUGUCAGGAAUCAUCUGACCCAAUUUCCGCCAUUUCUACCAGACGACGAAGUAACGAGACUGGCGCCACAACGUGUCCGUGAAAUUUGUGAAUUCUAUCAUGGAGUUAUUAUGACGUCACCACGAAAAGUUGAAGACAAUUUUAAAGAUGAUUUUGAGCAGCCUCGUUUUCAGCAGCCUGCUGUUAUGACACAUAUUAUGAGAAGUUAG